AGAAGCAAGUUUAUCCUGUUAACGUUUGCAAUUGCCAAGAACGCGAGGGAACCACCAACACUCUCCACCUAGCACAAUUCGAUAACACAAUACCAAAGAAAAGAACCAAAAUAAAAUCAAUGUUCAACUAUAAAUAAUAUAUUCAAUCGAGUCUUCUAGAGUUUUGAAAAAUUAUAGUUUAAAAACAUAGUAAGAGUUAUGGCUUCUUCACUCUCCAACUUAAAGACACCACUUCACUUUCACUCCUUCAAAACCCCUUUCUCUUUUCGCUCUUCUUCUCGAUUCAUUCCAUCUUUUUCUUAUCCAAGGUUGUUUCGUUCUUCUAUCUCUUCCCUCAAAGCUGCUUCUGCGUCUUCUUCUUCCGAUUCUGCCGCUGACAAUUUGCUACAAAAGCCUGUUCUUUCGCAAGGGAGAGGAAUUGUGGAGGAAGAGAGUUGCUAUGAUGAACUAGAGCAGGAAGAAGAAAAGUGGGUGGAUUGGGAAGAUCAGAUUUUAGAAGAUACUGUUCCUUUGGUUAGAUUUGUUAGAAUGAUUCUUCAUUCUGGAAUAUAUGAAAAUGGAGAUAGAAUAAACUCAGAGCAUGAGAAGACUAUUGUUGAAAAAUUACUUCCAUUUCAUCCGGAGUCUCACAAAAAGAUCGGUUGCGGAAUCGAUUAUAUAACGAUUGGAUACCAUCCUGAUUUUGAUAGUUCUAGGUGUAUGUUCAUAGUGCAAAAAGAUGGAGAGAUGGUUGAUUUUUCAUAUUGGAAAUGCAUAAAGGGUUUGAUCAGGAAGAACUAUCCAUUAUAUGCAGACAAUUUCAUUCUCAGGCACUUCAGGAACAGGAGUCGUAGUUUUUCAAAAUAAUAUCUUCUGAUUGUUGUACACCAUUUUAUGUUCCAUUUUUUGUGUUCUCUUAUUGCUAUAGCUAGCAUACUAUUUCAAUAUUAUGAAAAAAAAACAGAAAUUUAUGGAAUUCUCUAAUAAUCGCCACCGACGCCGGAUAUUGACUCCAUUUUAUUAUUGACAAAAUAUGUUUGCAGUGAUUUAAAAUUAUGGGAACAUAAAUUUUGUAUAUAGACCUUCAUGACAGUGUUUCUUUCAGUUAAUUUAAAGAAAUUUGAAAUUUAGUAUA